AACUUUUAAUUGCGCAUUCAUGAUGUGUACAUGCAUGAUUAAAUUAAGUGGGGUUGUAAGGUAAAUAUUACAAGUUCCAUGCAAAAAAUAAUAUUAGAAUUAAGAUUUACAUUUUAAUAAUUCAAACUGUGAUAUAUUAGUUUAAUAUCUACCUCUUUUUUGAUUAUGGGCAUUUUUAUUAGAGUAUAUGCUAAAUACUAAUAAAUACUCUAUAUUUUGUAUCUUUUUUAAUGUUGUUUUGAUCAAAACUAUGAAAAAAGUUUUUGUAACAUAUUUUUUAAAAGAAAAAAAGUUUCAUUUCAUAGCAAUAUUUUCUCCUUGAUUAAACACAAAUUAAAUUAAUGAGAUAUUUUUAAUAUGAGAUAAAAUUGAGAGAAUUAAAUCUUGGCGUCAGCCCAAACAAUUUUCAACCCAAUACUCUUUUUACUUAAAACAAAAUCCUAUUCUUUUCUACUUUUGAAAACAGCAGCAUGUACCAUUUGAAGUUUCAAUGCUGGCGGGAACAACCAGAUAAGCAGAAUAAGCUACAAGGAAAAUUGAACUUCUACGAACACAGUUUCAUUUCGAUCACCAUUUCUGCUUGAAAAUCUAUCUACUUUCUUUCUAAUUCCAGCUAAAUUUAUGUUUUCGUUGAACAAACGCGAUUAAUUCCUUGCAGAUUACGACUUUAUCGUGCACUAUUCGAUCAAGGUUAGGGUAGGAUGAGUUGUUAUAUUAGCUCUGGGUGUAAUAAUCAACCAUGUAGUCAAUCUCAGAAGGUGUCGAUUGGGAUAGUUGUUGAUUCAGUUGCGAAAUCUCAUCGCGAUUAUAUGAAAGAUGCACAAAAUCAUUGUGAUCAGAGAAAAGUGAAGGCUUCUACUUCUACUAUGACUAAAUGUGGAAAUGAUGUUGAUGGUUCUGUGAGGGUUUCAACUGCAUUGUUCGGUACUAAGUUGGAAAUGAAAAGGUCUGGUUAUGGUGUAAACCCUACAUCUAGACCAGCUUCUAGUAGUUUAUAUGUAGAGAAACCAACACGUAUAACACAGUCCUUUACGAAUCAAGCAAUGCCGGAAUGUGGUAUUGGCAACAAGACAGAAGGUCAUCCAACUUCUGAGAAAGAAAAUGAACGGGUAUUUAUGGAAGAUAAACCUCAGAAAUUUUCAGGUGCACCUAACCUGCAAGUUUGCUACGAAGGCAACGAAAUGGAGGAUAGAAGCAGGGAAACAUUGAGGAUGAAGUUGCGUGAGAUAUUGGGAACUGGUGACAAGAUGUUUGGUGAUCGAAAGACUCCUGAAGUAGAUAUGAAUGCGAUGACGAAGAAGGAAACUGAAAAGGGUAAAACCAAUUUCAAGCCGUGGCAGAAUUCUGAUACUAUAGAAACUGAUUCGGAGAAUGCAGACUCGAAGUUUAGGAAACCUGUGACUCGUUCUCUUACCAGGAGGGCCACAUUGGCUAAGAAGCAACCAAGGAACAUAAAGACCAAGUCUAUAUCACGUGAAAAAGGACAUGUGAGCGCUAAUAUCUUCUCUUUUGCUGAAAAAUCUACAAUUUCUACGCCUUGUUCUGUUAAACGAGUCUGCUUGAUAGCUGAGAAAAAUGACUCCAAACAGAGUUUUGGAAUCAAUGCAUGGGGCAAGUUAUUUUCUGUAAAAAACUUGAGAAACAUCAUGCCUGAGAUGAAUGGGUGUGAAAACGCACAGCCAGCUGAGGAAUUAGGUGGUAGUGGUAUAAAACCUGCUAAGCAUGCUGGUCUUGAUGGGAAUUUUGAACCUGAAGAUGCUUAUCAGGACUUAACUUUUGGCCGCUCUCCUGUCACCAGAGAGACAAGUCAGUUUCCCUUGCCAGCACCACAGGGAAAGUUGGAGCAUCUUGAACAAUUUCGAGUCCACAUUGAUGAUGCUUUGAACCAAUUCCCAGUGCAAAAUGCGGCUGAUUCAAACCAUUCUCCUGUGCACAAUGUGGAUAAAUUGAACCAAUUUUUAGUGCACAAUGUUAAUGAUUUGAACCAAUCCCCGGCGCAAAAUGUGACUGAUUUGAACCAUUCUCCAGUGUACAAUGUGGAUAAAUUGAACCAACUUCCCGUGCACAAUGUUGAUGAUUUGAACCAAUCCCCAGUGCAAAAUGUAACUGAUCUGAACCAUUCUCCAGUGCACAAUGUGGAUGAUUUGAACCAAUCUCCAGUCCACCAUGUUAAUAAUUCAAACAGUCAGAGGUUUAAUGUGACAACAGAUGCACUAUACUCUCCCAUGUAUUCAUUGACAAAUGAUAAGAAGGGUUUCCAUGAAUCUAUGCAACAAGAGGGAGGAGCAGGUCUUAAAGAUAAAUGUUGUACUCCUAGUACAUCAUCAGAGACGGAGAUUUCUGAAUGUUCUGAUGAUGCGGAGAAACUUGAAGACAUCCCAUCUAGUACCUUAAAUCCAUCCUCAGAAGAAAACAAUGCUGGAAAUCAGCUGUGUACACCGAUGAGAAGAGAGCUUGAUAGCACUGAGGAAGUUUCAUCUGCUAUGAAAGAAAUAGAUGAUGUCCACGCUUCUCCAGAGAUCAGAUUUGUGGGAAAGCAUAUGCUUUUCCACAGCAAACGGCAACACAACCAUGGUGUUGACUUUGAUGAUCUGAGUCCCACCUUGACUCCAAAAUUGAGUCGAUAUGUUGAUGAUGAGUUGAUGGGCUGUGAAGAAAGUCAAGAGGACGGAAUGGAAAGAGUGGUUUCUUUGCUAGGUUUGGCUUUAGAAAAGAUUAAGAACAAAGUGAUGUCAGUGACAAACAGAAAAUGCUCAGAGAUACUGGUGUCUGCUGUCGAAGAAAUACAUUCGGAACUACAAAGUGUUGAUUCUCAAAUUCAGACUGAUUUAGGAAAACUGACAGACAUCAAAACUGCUAAAAGAAAACAAUUGGAGACAAGACUUCAAGAACAAACAGAACACUUGACAGCUAUGCAUGAAAAGUUCAAAGAAGAGAUUAGCCACUACCUUCACGAUUGCCAAGGUGCUAUGGAAGGGAUGAAGGAAUAUCAUUUCGAAUUACAAGGAGCUAUUAAAAAGCAAAAGACAUUACAUAGGAAGCUUCUUUUGCAAACGGAAGCAGCAGUAGAGACACAUCUCAGUGAUGCACAAAGACAGAUCAAGUUUGUUCGUAAGUUGGGAAAGCAGAAGAUGGAGCAGUUGCAAGUCGUCAUUGCAGAAUGUCUGAAAGAUCAAAUCACCUAUUGACUAGUGAACUACGUAUAUCUUGUGUAAAAUAGCUGGAUAUCUUCUCAUGCUGGGGCAUAUUGUAAGCUUUUUUCUGAACUGUUCAAAUGUGCUAUGCCCUGCUCUUGUUUUUUCUGCUCGUGGCUCGAACUUCCUGUUAACAUUUACACUAAUGCUAUGUAAGGGAAGAAAAUGGAGUGAAAGGAAAAUAGGGAAAAUGGAGGAUAUUUUCUUCAUUUGGAGGGAAGAAAAUUAGAGGGGAGAACUUUGCAAACAAAUCUUCGAACAUUCAAAAAUUUUGGAAGGAAAAAAAAUGUCCAAAUAUACACUAAAAUGUUUUUUGAAUUAAUUGGAGUAGGUAUGAUUUUAAAUUUUUUAGGGUCAGGCAAAUAAUUUAUGGUCCAGUCUUAAAAAAUUAUAAGCAAAAUCUCAAAAAAAAAAACUGAUAAAAUUUUUUAUAAAGUCGAGUUAGACUUAACCCUUUCUAUUUAAUAUGUAGUCCAUCCAGAUGUUGAGGCCCAUGGGAAAAUUCACAUCACAUUUUCUAGAUGUAAGAAACUAAGUUUUAGAUGAUUUGAAGAAUCAUAGAAGUUCAAUUCUCAUUUUCUAUAUAAAUGAUUAUUUUCCUUUUCUUCCCUCUACAAGAAUUCAUCUUACCCCAUAAUCAAUUUAGAUAGACAAAUCAAUGAUAAUUAUUGAUAAAGAUAUUAGGUAAUGACAUGUAAGCCCAUUUUUAAGCAUAAUCGAAAUAAUAAGCAGAAAAUAAAUAAGGUAGAAGGAUCAUGAGUUAAAUAUUAGUUAAAAAAAUUUCUUCGACCUCUAUGAUAAAAAUUUUAUUAUUUGUCCAUACACGCCUAUAAAAAUUAUCUUACACCUUAAUAAAUCAAUAAUAGUUAUCAAUAAAGAUAUUGGAUCUUGACAUGUUAUAUAUACCCCAUUUUUAUAACCUUAAUCAAUAUGAUGAGUGGAAAACAAUGUAACAUAGCAUCAACCAAUGUAAUAAUCACUAAUGAAAUUCUAUUCUUUAUUUGGAUUCUCUUUAUUUGUAUGGGCAUAAAUAUGAGUUGUAUGUAACCUACACCUCAAACUUUCUGUCUCAGCGUAAAUUAAUAGCAUAAUAUGCUAAUUAAUUUUUAUGUCACAUCAUUCAUGUGAUAAAUAAACAAAGACAAAAAUACAAAUGCUCACAAACAAAGUUAGCCACUUGUUCUUCUCGAAUAAAAACCAAAUAUUAUUCCAUUCCAUAUAGAAAUUAAUUAAUUCAGCACGUAGCUAAUAAUAUAAUCCUAAUUCGAGUUAAAUAUAUAAUCAAAUCAACAAAGAUAUAUUUUCUAUCUAUUUAUUAAUAUCUUAUUCAAUACUUAUAAUGUAGUAAAAUUAAAAGAACCGAUAAAAAAUCUAAUAACAUUGUAAGCAUAAAUAUAAAGUAAUAUACUCCCACUAUUAUUAUAGUACUAGUAGUAUUAAAGAGCUUAAUUAUAUUCAAAGGUGUCAUUGUGACCGUCCAUUUAGAAUGUGCAUGAAACAUGUGAGUCAAAUAUUCUAGGCCCGCUAUUC